AUGAGGCAGAAUCAAGUACAUCUAGAUGCUGAUAGUAUCGACAGCGAUACCGAAAUCAAUGUUGGCGAUCCUAUAAGCCAAACACUAGAAAACAUGUCUAUCAUUGAUGGCCUUCGAUACUGGGCACUAACAACAAAUGCUCCUCACAGCUCCAUCAAUAUAGUUUUAAAAUUAUUUAAAAAGGUCCAAGUAGAUGUACCUGCAAACGCCAAAACCUUGUUAAGGACUAAAUGGAACACAUCAUUGGAAAUUGCGGAGAUCGGUGGUGGGCAACUGUGGUAUUGCGGAUUUGAAAAAUGCUUGAUUAAUUAUUUCUGCGUCAAUAAGUGCCCAACGAACAAAUUGUCUUGGUCGGUAUCGAUAGACGGAUUACCUUUACAUAAUAGCAGUAGUAUGCAGUUUUGGCCCAUCUUAUUCACUGUUCAGGAAUUGCCACAAGCACCAAUUAUGACGGCAGGAAUAUUUUGUGGGCCAACGAAACCAACAAAUUUAGAACAAUAUCUCCGCCCUAAGUUUGAAGAAUUGAAUUGGCUAUUCACAUCCGGCAUAACAAUCCGCCGACAACAUGUUACAGUAAAGCUACGUGUCAUCGUUGCUGACACUCUAGCCAGGUCUUUUAUUAAAGGCGUAGUUAGCCAUAAUAGCUAUGAAAGAUGUUUAAAGUGCACGGUAAAAGACACAUAUAUACAUCCAUACCGUAAAAGCGAUCGAGUCGUCCGAUCCGUACGUCGAGAUACUAUAAUGAAAAGAUUACUGAUUGGUUGGCGCGAUGGUGUAUUGGGCAGGAUUCGAUGGUCCAAUAAAGAUUGUGAAGACAUAUCAGUGGCCUUGGGAAAGAUUGCACUACCAAGCGAAAUUCACCGCAAAAUUCGGCCACUGAAGUCUUUAAAACAUUGGAAAGCCUCUGAAUGUGCGACCAUUUUGCACUACGCAGCAAUAGUAAUGUUUGAGCCUUAUCUACCUGAGGAUGUAUACCAACAUUUCAUGUUGCUAUUCUGCGACAUCACUCUGCUCUCCUCCUCUGUAUACAAAGAUCAUUGGCCGUUGGCGGGACGGUUACUAGAUCGUUUUGUACUGGAGUAUAGCGAUAUCUACGGUGAACGGUAUGUGAACAGCAAUGUACAUAAUGUACAACACGUUUAUGAGGAAGUGCAACGAUUUGGCUCGAUAUCAUCCCUAUCAACCUACCCGUAUGAAAGUAAACUGCAUCAUCUGAAAAGACUAAUUCGAAGUGGAUGGAAGAGCUUGGAGCAAGCGGUAAACCGUCUUUCGGAGCUAGAUGAGUUCUUUGCCUCCAGGGCACCGUCUAUGAUAAAAUUACCUUCUAUAAUCCGGAAAGAUAAAAUUACAACUGCGCAUGUUCGACCUAACUUCAUAAUUCAGGACAAUCCGAGAAACUGCUGGUUUUUGACGAAAGACGAAAACAUCGUACAGUUCCACACAGCAAAGGAGCGGUAA